CCCGCCCGCCCGCGGCCCCUCGGAGUGCCCGGCCCGGGAGACUCGUCGCCCCGGCGGCCCGGGAGGCGGCGCGCGCGCGGCAGGCGCGGCCCGCGAAGAUGGUCGCCAAGCAGCGGAUCCGGAUGGCGAACGAGAAGCACAGCAAGAACAUCACGCAGCGCGGCAACGUCGCCAAGACCUCGAGGAACGCCCCCGAGGAGAAGGCGUCCGUGGGCCCCUGGCUGCUGGCGCUCUUCAUUUUCGUCGUGUGCGGCUCGGCAAUCUUCCAGAUUAUUCAGAGUAUCAGGAUGGGCAUGUGAAGCGCAGACCAAGGUGUCUCCGUUGUGCUGUGAACUUUAGCCUGAACUCAUUCCUGACGUCUGAUGCCUCGGACAAGAACCAUGCAGUGAAGCCUCCUGCCUCCGAACGGCCUUCCUACCCUCCUGUGUCAUUCCAGGCUCCCCACGAGUCAUUCCAGGCCCCCCUCCACACCACAGUGCCUUGCAAGAGCACAUGAAUAAAGCAAUAACACUUGAUUAUUCAGCUCC